CUCCUCUGCCCUACAGCGUCCAUCUCCGCAGUGCCCAGAAUAUAUAGGAUAUUCUCGGACAGUAUGAUGCGCAGAAGAGGAGCGCGCCAAAAAGACGCCGAGGAAACCUCAAACAUCCAAUGCUACCUCCAAAACCUCUUUCCCCGGCCCUCUCAACACACCUAAGCCCUAUGCUUCAAUCUUCAUCCUCGACCCUCUCAUAACAAUCGAACGCCACCAUGGGAAAUACCACAUCGCCAUCCGCUUCAACAUGGAGACUACCAUCUUGAACUACGAGAACCAGACAGGAGACGGGCACGACCCCUUCUUCCACUCCAUCUGCCUCCAGUACCUCUCCCCUCGGCCCGACGAAGACCUUGCAAUGAAGCCCGAAUCAGACCCCUCCGCCGCACUAACCGUGACGCGCGGCACCGAGACCAGCGUGUCCGGCACCGUGGGCCUCUCGCUCUCUCAAAUGCCGUCCGCGAAUGUGUCCUUGGGGCUGAAUCGGUCUAGGACGCUGACGGUGGAGUAUGCGCUGGCGACGUGGAGUUUGAGCGCGCAUCGGAUUACUCACGUGGGAAGCCUGCGUGAUUCACAGGCGGUGACCGCCCCGGUGAAGAAAGAACCUGCUUCGCAAGAAAGGCCCACGGUGCCUAGGGAGCAAAAGCUCAAUGAGGCGGAAGAGCGUCCGGUGUAUCAGUGGUUCUGGGCUGGCACCCACGGGGAUACGAAGAUGCUGACGCCGGAUUUGAAGCAGACGGUUAAGAGGCAUGUGGUUGUGAAGCGGGCGGUUCCGGUGGCGCUGUUUCCGAGGCGGAAGGAGAAGGGGGAGAGGGCUGACGCUGAAGUGACAAAGUCGGAUAAAGGUAGUGUUAAGACUGAUGAUGAUAUGGCGGCGCCGGAGGACGAUGGUGCGAAGAAGGCAAAAGACGAUCCUAAAACGGCCGAGGAAAACGAAAAAGAAGGGGUCUAUGCAUUGGAAAGCCUGCUAGACUUCAGUUUUCGCGUCCAUGUCCGAGUGAAGAAACGUUUCGGCCGGUUCCACCGAGUCAUGGUCUUGAGCGGCAAUGAGGUGAAAGGAAAGCUCAUGAAACCGGUCUUCGAGCAAAACUUCCGGCUGCGCGCCGAGCCGAGCUGGGAUGGCGUGCCGGAGAGCGACACUCCUGAUAUCAAUGCGUUACUGGGUCAGAUUAAGCAAGAAUAUGCGGGGAAUUACGACGACCUUGAGGAUAAGGACUUCUUCGAGCUGUCAAAUGCUUACAUAGUGAAGCAGCAACGGACUGCGUUUCAGGGAAGAGAGUAUGAUCGGCCGGUAUAUACGACAAUGACGUCUGGGUAAGCUUGAGUAGCAAUUCGCCAGAGAGCAGAUGAGAUGAGUGUUAGUGUAAAUAAAUUUCCGUGUAUUCAAAUCAUUAUGACUGCGA